GUUUUCAGAGACUUUAUGAUCUCUGCGCUAGUGUUGAUCAUAUUUGUUUUCUCUCAACUACAACUAAAUUUAUAAAGCUAAAAGAGGAUGUUAGAGCCAAGUUCAAGCGAGGACGAGGAGGACGUUGUGCCUCCCUCUAGUACAGGGAACCAUGGAACCAGUUCCUUCCUAGAGCCUCCAGGAGGCUUGAAGAAUGGUCUCCAGCAAAAUGGUGGACCUCCCCGGGUCCCCUCCCCGAUGUCUAUGGACGGAAACAUGAUGAGGGGAGGAUUAGGUCGAGGCCAGGAUGGUAGAGGACAGAGAAAUGAUGGACGAGGCUCCCCCUCCCCCUCUCUGGUCAGUGAGAAGACGCUGACGGAGGCCGAGGUUGUGGAGAAACAGCAGAAGGAAGAGGAGGAGAGGAAAACUAGAAUUCAACUUUAUGUCUUUGUUUUAAGAGCCAUAUCUUAUCCAUUUAAUGCCAAACAGCCGAACGAUAUGUCCAAAAGACACCAGAAAGUUUCCAGAGAAGGAUUGGAUAAACUUCGAUCUAAAGUUGAUAGUUUUCUGCGAGGGGAAACACAAAUUCCUUGCGACGAGGCUUUUCAGAACGCGGUGCACUGUUACAACGAUAUAUUCCUAAAGUCUGAACGUGUGACCGGCCUAGUGUGCGGCGGAGGUCUAAGUCAACACGACUGUAGGGAGGUCUUCCGACAUCAGAUAGAGAAGAGAAUUCGAACUAUCCCUGAGAUUGACGGACUAAGUAAAGAUACUGUCAUGACCAGCUGGCUUGCUAAGUAUGAUGCUAUAACAAAAGAUGACGAGCAAAGACGACCUGGACAGAGGCUGCCGACCUCGAUGCUUGGUAACGAGGUGAUGACCAAGGAACAACUGUAUGACCUCUUCCAGCAGAUUUUAAACAUUAAAAAGUUCGAGCAUCAGCUUCUGUAUAAUGCAAUGCAGCUGGACUCUAUGGAUGAACAAGCGGCAGCUAUCCGACGGGAACUGGACGCGAGGAGAGAGAAAGUAGCAUCUAUGGAGAAGGACCGGAGAUUGAUGCCCAAGUUUGUGCUCAAGGAUAUGGAAGGUCUCUACAUUGAAGAAAUGAACGCGGCGAUAAAUCUACUAAAAGCCAACCUUGAAUCUCUGCCGGUCCAGCAAGGACCAACGAAGGAAGGAAAACUAAAAUUCAGCAAAAUCAAACCAGGGUACCUCAUAGCACUGUGGAAUAAUGGAAUUUACGAUGAAAGCUUGAUUUGGAAAAUACCCUCUCUAUGUUGUCGCUCUCAAAGCUCUUUAUCUCGAAACGACGAGACCGAAGACUCCCAAGUAUCCCAACUUUCCAAAUCUGACGUCGUCCUUACAUUUCAAAUUGAGGUGGUGGUAUUAGAAGUAAGAAAUCUGAAAUCUGUUCCUCCGAAUAGAAUCAUCUACUGCACCAUGGAGGUUGGAAACAGUGAGAAGCUAGCUACAGACCAGGUGGAGGCUAGUAAACCAUACUGGGAUACUCAGGGAGAUUUCUCAACUGCUAAUCCAUUACCAAUAGUUAAGGUUAAAUUGUACUCAGAGAAUCCAGGGAUGUUGUCGUUAGACGACAAAGAACUUGGAAAAGUCGUCAUUAAACCUACUCCACUUUCAUCAAAAGCCCCUGAGUGGUACAAGGCUACAGUAUCGAAGGGUUCUGGAGAUCAAGAGUUGAAGAUCAAGGUUGCCGUCAGGAUGGAUAAACCUAUGAAUAUGAAACACUGCGGAUAUAUGUAUGCUAUGGGGAAGACAGUUUGGAAAAAAUGGAAGAAAAGAUAUUUUGUCCUGGUUCAAGUUUCUCAGUAUACCUUCGCUAUCUGUAACUACAAGGAACGUAAGAACGAUCCGUCGGAGAUGCUCCAGCUUGACGGAUAUACUGUAGACUAUAUUGAACCUGCUGGAGCGAUGUUCUACCAUAUGAACCUGGAGGGAGGCAAGUUUUUCUUUAAUACCGUUCGAGAGGGGGAUAGUGUACUCUUCGCAACAGAGGAUGAACAGGAAUCUCAUAAUUGGGUGAUGGCUUUCUAUCGUGCAACCGGUCAGGCGCACAAGCCCGCCCCUCCAGUUACUACGGGGAAAACAACAUCGUUAAAUAAGAACCAGGGGGACGCAGAUAAAGCCAGAAAGCAUGGUAUGGAGGAGUAUAUAGCGGCAGAUCCUAUUGGAUUUGAUCAUCAUAAACUAUUCUGUAAACUACAGACUUUAAGCCUAGAGUGGAGAUUAAACGAUCCCUUCGCAUCUUUGGGUUGGUUCACUCCAGGCCAGGUGUUUAUACUAGAUGAGUAUUGUGCAAGAUAUGGUAUUCGUGGCUGCUACCGUCACCUCUGCUAUCUCUCCGACCUGCUGGAUAAAUGUGAAAAACAAAUUGUGAUAGAUCCUACUCUUAUACACUUCAGCUACGCAUACUGUGCUAGUCAUGUACACGGGAACAGUGUUCCCUCAAACCCACUCGGGGAACAGUUUGCUACUCCAGACAAGUUCAUUGAUGAAUCUACAAGACCUGAUGGUGUUGGAACAGUUACCCAGGAGGAGAAGGAGAAGUUUAACGAGAUCAAGGAGAGGUUGAGGGUUCAGCUAGAGUUCCAAUUAACAAACUUUAGAUUCUGUUUCCCUUUUGGGAGACCGGAAGGGGCCCUCAAAUCAACACUUUCCCUUCUUGAAAGGGAUGGCAGAGCUGAUCUGGCAAAUCCACAGGAGGAUAUGGUUGGCGAGGUUAUUAUUCCUCCAGCUCAGAAACUGGAAGAUCUAAUCCGUCUAGCUGAUCUAUGUGUUGACCUACUCAGGCAGAACGAGGAGUUCUACGCGGAGUUCCAAAAUGUUGAGGCAUUUGCCUGGUUUAGUGAUCUUCUUGUUGAACACAGUGAAAUCUUUUGGUCCUUGUUUGCUGUUGAUAUGGAUAGUGUACUGUCAGAGCAACCAGCUGAUACUUGGGAUUCCUUUCCCCUCUUCCAAAUAUUAAAUGACUAUCUCAGAACGGACGAUAAUCUCAAGAAUGGGAAAUUCCAUCAACAUUUGCGGGAGGUAUUUGCCCCUCAGGUGGUUCGGUAUGUUGAUCUCAUGGAGUCUAGUAUAGCGCAAUCUAUUCACAAGGGAUUUGAAAAAGAAAAAUGGGAGAUUAAAGGUAAUGGCUGUGCAACUUCCGAGGACCUGUUUUGGAAGCUGGAUGCUCUUCAAUCCUUUAUCAGGGACCUGCACUGGCCGGAUCCAGAGUUUGGGAACCAUCUAAAUCAGAGGCUGAAAAUGAUGGCUUGUGAUAUGAUUGAUUCAUGUAUUCAAAGAACCUAUGGAUCCUUUGAGGUUCAGCUAAAGAAGGGGAUUCUACUAAAUCCAACAGAUUAUGUUCUUCCAUCGGAAAUAUGUGCCAUGGUUAAUGUUGUUCUAGAUGCCAAGAACCAGUCUUUGAAGCUGUGUGCUGUGGAUGGAAUUGAUUUAGAUAAAACUCCGCAAACCGAUGAGAAAUCUAAACCAAAAAAGCACAAGUAUCAUACAAAGAUUGAUGAGAUGAUAGAACGAACCUCUUCAAAUAUGAGAAUUCAACUGGUGGGAAAACUUAUAUCUGUUCUAGAUAAAACCUUAUCCAAGUUGGCCGCCUACGACGAGGGAAGCAUGAUGGGAUCAUUUCUUAGCUUUGCUAACAAGAAAAUCAACGUGACUGGGACAGGAGUGGAUCAAGGGAAGAGUUAUAUCUCAUUUGUUAGAAUUAACAUGGAUACUAUUACUAAAAGAAUAUCGGACGAUCUAUGGGUUCUCAACGUUAUGGAGAAAUGGUACAAUGACCAAGUGGAAAUGCUUAGUAAAUGGUUAACUGAAAGAUUGGACAAAUCACUUCAUCCUUUCCAAUGUACAUGCCUUGCACACGUUGUAAAGAAGAUAUAUACUGAAUAUGAACUACAAGGGUUAGAAGAGGAUAAACUGCAAUGUGGCCAAUAUCAGGCCAUCGAGCAAAGAAUGUGUACUGAGGAAGCUACUUGUCAGCUAACUCAUGCGGAAAACAAUGAGAAUGGCGACGAUUCGGACGAUGAAAAAAGACGAAAAAGUGUGAAGAAGACAAAGUCGAUGAAAAAAGAUGAGAGCAAAGAUGAUCCAAAAAUGGCGCGUCAGACGAGUAAACCUCCCCCUCCAACCAGACAAGAUUCAUCGGAUACAGAAAUAGAUUCUGAAGACGAGAAACCAAAGAAAGGAAAACCUAAGCCGAAAGAGAAGGCCAAAGAGAAAGCCAAGGAGAAAGUGAAAGCCAACGAUGAGAGUGAUUAUGAUGUUGGUGAUGAUAUAAAGAACCCCCUGGCAGCGGCAGGAGCUGUUAAAGAUGCCCUUUCUACAGGAGGAGUUGAUAAGGUGGCAGAUAUGGGUAAGGAGGGAGUAGCCCAGGCCAGCAAGAUGUUAACAAAAGGAAUUGGAGGAUUUGCAGGAAAAGCUUUCGGAAGCUUUUUCUAGAUCUUUUAGUUUUUUUAGUUCAAAAUUUAAGCAGAUAUUUGCACCUUGUUUUUGCUGCAGAAGAAAUUGAGUUUUUUGUGAUGGAGAAUUGUACCAGUAUCCCAUAUUACAUGAUUUCUAAAUUUAACAGUUGGAUAAAAAACUAUCUUUCAGUCUUAAGCUUCACACAUUUUCCUGGUAAAAUUCUUUCAUAUCUAAAUGAAGACGACACAUGAUUUAAUAAUAUUUUAUUGCGGCAAAAUUAAUAUCAUUGUGCUUUUAGUUGAACUUAUAAAUAUAUUUUUAGAAGUUCAAUAUAUGAAGUUGAUUAAACUUGUUGAUAGUCAUGCUUCUGUAAAAUGGAUAAAAGUUUUUAAUGCUCUCCCUUUUGUUAAAAAUGUAACCAAUUCAUUAAAUCAACAUGUCGCUUAGAACAAAGACGACUUAAACCUGUCAUUUAACUAUUUCAAGAAAAGAACUGAGUUUUUGCCACAAAAUAAAAAUGUUUAACCCCUUUAUCUUUGCUUUUUCUAACUAAGAAUUGAUUUAACAGAUUUCAUAGUUUAAAAUGUUUAUAAUCUAUGACAUAGGGUUGCAAAAUAUUGAAUUUUGGCAAAAACUAGAUUAAUUUCUUUAAUUCACUUUUCUUUACCUUUAUAUUGCAGGCCGCGCCCAUAAUAAUCUCUGUCUUACACACUCUCCAUUAAGACCAAUAACAGCUUAAAUGCAAUUAGAGGGGACGAAUUCCCGCCCCACCCCCUUUUCAUAUAAAAGCUUGCAUUUGACAUUUUUUUCCUACAUUUCCUUUCACUGAAUCUAUAGUUCUACAUUUAUGUCUACUCUUCCUUGUUAUCAGUGACUUAAAAUAUCAAUCGCAAAACAAGCAUCAAAGAUUCGGUUUACUUUUGAAUACUUUUAACGGCACUGCACCUAAAAGAAUAAUAUAAUUAUAAACUUUAAAAAAAAUCUUUUUUUCUUGAUUUAUUUAAUUAUGUGUUAAAAAAUGUAGAUUUUUAUUAUGUAAAGUUCCUUUUUCAUGGUUUCUGUAUUUCUAAAGACUUUUAUUGUGUGAAUUUUACACCUAGAUUUUGUAUAAAAACAGCCAACACUUAAUUCACAGUAAUUAAUAGAUUAAAAAAUAUAUUACAUAUGUACUAGAGUACAAA